AAUGGAGACGAUUAUUCAGAAUUGUUUAUUUUUCAAUUAGAUGCCUUGAAGUCAUUAUCAAGGAGAAGUUGGUGAAACUAAAGACCACACUGCGAGACAUCGACACAUUGGAGCGUGCUUCUACGUCAGCCUCACUGAAACUCUCUGACCUACGCAAGAGGCAGAAGGACACCCUCAGCCAGCAGGACCUGCGCAAGAGCAAGACUGUCCCGGAGGGGGUGGAGGAGCCCACCGAAAGGCAGGGUGGGGAGGUUGAAGAGGUCGGCGAGGAUGCCGGUAGGACAACGAGCGAUGGACAUACAGAGCUGGAGGAAGUGCUCAAGGACAGAAUACGAACACUGGAGAAAGAAAAGCAAGAUCUAACCGUUAAUCUGGUGACCCUUGACCUGGGUCAGUCUGCAAGCGAGGACGAAAACUAUAGCACAGAUGGCCUGGAUCUUGAAAGCUGUGAAGAGGUGGAAAGAGAUGAUGGGCCAGUCUCGUUUGAGAGCCAGCCCUCUCCAUCCAAACUCAGACACCUGAACAAGAACAGGGCGCCCAAGCAGGAGAAACGAAAGCCCAAGAAGGGUCACCGCACCCCGGGCUCAGACGGGUUGGGAGAGAUGUCAGGUCAGCAGCCACCCCCUGUGGCCAAGAGGCAAAAGAGGAACAGCCGGAAGGGGUCCAAGAAGGAAAAGAAGCAACGGGAGGGGUCCAAGGAGAGGCGGAAGAAAGCAGGGCCCUCAGAGGCCAUGCUAUGAUGAAGGGGGCGAUGAGUGAGGUGGUGUCACUAACUGGGUCUCGCGGAAAAGAAAGGGAAGAGGACUGUGAAAGACGUGCUCAUCUGAGAGCGUGGUCUUGCAUUGAUGAAGAGGCGUCGUGAUGGAGCCUAGACAAACUACCAUACCAUUGAAGCAGGGUAAUGAAUGGAUCAGCUUGUGUUGAGGCCCCCGUAAUUUUCAGUCAUCAGAAUUGGUGAUUAUCACUGAUUUAGAUCAUCCCAAAUAUCAAGUCUCUAAAUGUAGAAGCUUGCUUAGUUUUCUAGUUUGGGGAAAAAACUAGCAACAAACUUGAGUCCCAGCAAACUGUGCUUCCAUUGUAUUUGUAAAUAUUUCUAUGGCUUCUUCGGCUAUAUCUGUUUUCUGUGUAUAGUGUACAGUUGGUGUACAUAUUGAAAGCUUUGUUACUUGCUCAAAUGCCUGCGGCUUCUUUUCGUUUGAUUGUGGAGGGGAGAUAGGCUUGAGUGCUUGAUAGUACCAAUGCAUUUAUUAUUAUUCUUUUUCUUAAACGUCGUGCCUAGAAAAGCCAAAUGGACAAUGAACUGACUUAAGUGAAAACUCACUUCAUGAUGGUGAUGAUGUUUUGUACACUCAUAUGCAAUAUUUCCAUGACGAUAUGCAAUAUAAUUGUACAGGUGGUGGUUAUGUGAUGGGUUCAGUGAAGUGUUUACCACAAACUGGAUGCUUCAAAGUUGUUUUAUAUUUAAUAUUUUGCAUCCGAGUUUCAGUUUUGGUUCCUUUCAGUGUCCAAUAUACGGUACUGAUUGUAACCACUGCAACAGUAGUCUCACUGUGAAUUGACCAUCACAAACAAUAGCAAUUUUUCCCUGAACUUCUGACUUCUGAAAAGAACCUCCUCCUGACUCCACCUGUUUGAGAAAAUGUUGGACAUUGCUAUCAGUGGAGGAUCAGUUGAAACAGUAAUCUCAGUUCUUUUAGAUGAAUUUUGUGACUGCAAAGCUUUGUGUUCCAUUGUAUACAAUAGUUGGUAUGGAAUUGCUUGCAGUUUCCAGAAAAGUGACAUUUGCAAAGGCAACCCACAAAAAACCCUCACUGUUGUUGCAUUUGUGCGAGUUUGAAUUUCAGUUAUGAAGUUGGAAUAGCAAGCAUUGGUUGUAUUAGAAAACAACGCAAACAAAAAAGAAGAGAGAACUUAUCUCCAUAUGAAAAGUUCCCUGUUAAUACGGCUGCAGUUCAUACAAUCAGGAAGGUUCUACAGGUCAUGCCACUGACGCACGAGAUAUCCUGAAAAACCAGCGGUGUUUAACCUUCAAGCCAUUCAGUGACUCAGUGGCGUAUUGUUUAUAGGUCAAGCCAGUGCCGGAGCUAGUUACCGGUACAUGUAAUGAGAAUUGUUCUUGAAACUUGAGUUUGAAGCAUGAUACAGAUGCCUGUUAUGCACACGUAUUUCAAUGGCAUCCAUGUCCUUAUUAGGCCUUGCGAAGCAUACCAAAUUCCUCAUAUGGACUUGGGUCAUUGAUAUAACCAACCAUGUGAACACCAGAACAGUCUAAAUGGUUGCAACCAUUCAAAUGAAAAUAAGGCUGUGUCCGAAACGGGCUUCCAAAGCUACGGCUAGAUCUAUUGUCUGCGCGUCUCCACACAUUUCCAAUGGAGCGAAGACCUAGACCUAGCUCUAGACAAGAGAUUAGGAUGCAGCCUGAGUCUUAGAAACAUACAAAUUACUGUGUACAUAUGCACACACACAAACCCAUUCUGUAGUUGCGGGAACUGCGCCCGCAUUGCAAGGAAUUAUUGUGCAGACCUCAAAUUUUGUAGGGACACAAAGUUCCCCCCAGUCCGGUACAUUUUCCUUUAGGUGGCAGUUCUGUCUUUUAGUAAUGGCCAAAAGGAGUAGAAUAUAAAUUAAGAAAAGCCUCCUUCAAAAUCAGUGGAAUCAAUGUCAAGCUUAAGGAAUGUGUAAUAUUUUAGUUUUUAUAACAGGCCAGUAACAUCUGCCUUGGGCACACCCAGUAGAGGGCGCUAUACUACAUGAUUAAUAACAUGGAAGUGAGGCCACGUCCGAAUUAAUUGGCCGACUGGCAUUAAUACACAUGUCCAUAGCUAGUGGUUUCCGUAGGUGUAUAAACAUGUAUAACUAGGAACUGAGUAGCCAAGUCGUAGCCUGUUAAUAGACCGAUUGCACCUGCUAAGUCACAUGACGUAUAGUGAGUAUGAAAUAUAAAUAAGCAUGGUGUCCACCAAAAGCAAACUGUUUCAUAUUGAAAGUAUCAUUUACCAAAAAUAAAGCCGACUACUGACGUGCUGUGCACUAUACUGUAAAUAGGCUGUAUUGUUUGUGAACAAUACUCAAAACACACGUUGAUAUGGGGUUGAUACCCACAAGUCUCAUGAUUUAGCGGGCGCAAUCAGUCUAUUAUCAUUCCCAGAUCCUUCAAAAUCUCCCAGGUUUCGAAGGAAGGUAGAUUUGCUUUGGACUCGGUGUCCCUUCAAAGUUCAAGUACAAAGAAUGUGCCAUUGGUUUGAUGCAAAGUGAAGGAUUUGGGAGGAUCUACGGUAGGAAAAAAUCAGGGAUAACAGGUUGAUGCUUGUUCCUACCUCAAGGGUCAGGAUGUGUACUGGUUAGACAAGAAGUCAAAGCAUGUGAUGGAGUCAGUGUAACAAUGAAAGCCUUUUACAUUACUGAGAGUUUAUCCCAAUCUAACACCUGGGGCCAAUUUCAUAGAGCUGCUUAAGCAUAAAAUUUGCUUAAGUAGAGAAAACCUUGCUUGAAAAAUGAGGUAACCUGCCAAAGCUCUAUGUGAUGUAUAGUGUUUUGGAAUUGUAUUUAGCUGUCUUUUGGCUAGCAUGACAAUCAGAUUGAGUUUGAGCUGGUAACCUUCGUUUUUUAAGCAAGUGUUUUUGCGCUUAAGCAGAUUUUACGUUUAAGCAGCUCUAUGAAAUUGGCCCUGGUUUUGCAGUGAUGGUUUGGGACUUGAUGUCCUGUGUGUACCAAGAAUGUUCCUAUUGUAUUUAUGGGUAUUGUUGGAUUUUAGCACAUUAGGCCAAUAUCAAAAUAAAAACAAGCCUAGAGUUAAGUAAAUUUUUUUUCAUGCAGCUCAGCAGUACAACCCAACUCAUUCAUGCCAAAACCUUUUUUUGCAGAAUUAGAAAAUGUACUUACCAGUAAAAAAAAGUCUGAAAUCGCUUUUUGUGAUUUUGCUCAUAACUCUUUACUUGUAACAAACUUGGUUACAUUCUUUUAUUAAAAACAUAAAUAUUCAUAAAAGAAAUGAAGCUUUUUUGAACAUCAUUAUAAGCUUUUUAAAUAUUCUGAUUAAGGCCAGGAGGUGCAUUUGUUAAAAAGAAUCCAAUUUAAUUAAGGGAAGACUCAAAAAUAGUACCAAGCUUAAAAUGGCCACGUAUUUUUUUCUUUGGCUACUUACAAUCUCAUUUUGUAUUUUGUCAAUUUUUGUAGCUGUACUUACUUUUGCUGUUUACCAACUCUUCAACUUUAUAAAAAGUAAACUCCCGAUGUUCCUAAACAAUAAUGAAGUAGGUGGUUAACUAAUUUACUAUAAUUCUGUAAUUAUUUUCACCGUAUUUAAGUACCAUGAACCGAUGCUGAUGCGUCAGGUUGGAUGCAAGGGAUAUAGUGGUCAACAAGUUAGAUUGUAAAUAAAGUCAAAUAUGGAAACAUUGAAGAAGUAUUAUUGUUACAUGAAA